UGCGUUACUGACACACUUGUUACGACACUCCCUCCACCUUUUGGUCCGUACCACAUCUUCGACGCAAGCAGCGAUGGGCUUGCAAUCGGGGAGCACGGCGAACCUCCCUCCCACGGCGGGCAUCAACAUUGACAUUGACGUCACCGCUCCUCAAACGGCCACCGACGGCGGGAUGAAGCUCUCCAAGGCGGGGGUGGAGCUGCUGGUGCUGACGUUUAACUGCGCGAAGAAUGUCGUCGAUGUGCCUGUUUUUGGGGGGCACUUGCGGGAUGCGCUGCUGGGACAAGAUGGUUUGCCCGAACUGGUGGUGAUGUCGCUCCAGGAAAUUGCACCGCUAUCAUACUCCUUCCUCGGGGAGUGGUGGUUGAGGGGGUAUUACGACGCUUUUGGGCAGGCGUUGAAUCUCGCUGCUGCCGGGCAAAAGUACACGCUUGUGAAGGGGAAGAACGUGGGCAUGACGGCGCUGUUGGUGUUUGCGCUUUGUCCGGAGAGGAUUUCUGGAACGGUAGAAGAAGGGGAGGUGGGGUUUGGGGCCGCCGGGAUGGGCAACAAGGGGGCGGUGGGGGUGAGGGUGAACUAUCAAGGGCAGGAGCUGACGUUUGUGGCUACGCAUUUGGCGGCUAUGGAGUGGAACCUCAAGAAGAGGAAUGCGAACUGGAGGGCGGUGGUGGGUGGGUUGACGUUUGAGGAUCCGCGGGUGGUGCUGCCGGGGGUGUUUGGGGAGAGGCCGGCGACGACGCAAGUGGAUAGGUCGAUGCCGCUGGAGAGGACGGGGAGUAUGGAUUCUAGUGAGGAGGAAGACGCGCCGCUGCUUUCUCCGCCUUCCACCUUCUCGCUUGACAGCGACGACACACCCGCCCUGACGCCAGAGCAAAAGCGACGGCUCCAAGACAUCUCCAUCUUCAAACCUACCUCGCACCUUUUUGUGGCGGGCGACCUCAACUACCGCAUCUCCUCCACCACACCCCCUCCCGGCUCUGCCUUCCCCAGCUUUGACCCAGCCUCCGAAAACCACCACAGCCACUUCUUCUCCCGGGAUCAGCUCACUCAAGAACGCCUCGCCGGGAGGACAUUCCACGGAAUGUCCGAGGCGGAGGUCACCUUUGGCCCAACAUACAAGUACGAUAUUCUGGACUCGCCAGAAGGGGCAGUGAAUGAGGCUGCCGCAGCAGAGGGGAGCGAGGUUCCCUGGAAAUUUGCCUCGCACCGAUGGCCGGCGUGGACAGAUCGGGUUUUGUUCAGCGCUGCCGAGGGGGCAGAGGUCGAGACGGGUGUGUAUGGGAGUUUGCCUGUGGUGCGGAGUUCGGAUCACAGGGCUGUUUUUUGGAGAGGGAGGGUGCCAUUGUCUGAUGGAGGCAAGAAGCUGGAGGGGGAAGUUGUAGGAAAGAAAAGGCUCCCGGUCGAUAUUGAUGUCUGGGCUUGGGGGAGGAGGCAGACGGCUAGGAGGAGGGAGCUGGUGGUGGGUUUGUUGGCUUUGGUUUGGAGUACCAAGGAGGGAGCGGUUUUCCUGGGGACGAUGGCGAUGGUGGGGAUGGGGUGGUGGUGGUUUGCCCAUGGGGGUUUGUUAUGAGGACUUGACGGCUUGGCUGGCCUUGUUGGAUGGGAAAGCAUACAUGUCGCAGUGGCUUCAUGGGGUGCAUAAGCAACGAAGAUUAGACGGCAAAGGGGGAGGGAGUAUGGAGUGCUUGGAGAUACCCGACUCAGUUUUAUUAGAGGUGGUGUUCGCUCAUCAUACAAUUUGAAGGCUUGUGUGUGUUUGUUCUGCGGGAUGGAUGUUUACAGGACUGGUUAGCAAUUGCUUGUUGAAUUCUCGAUGUGGCUGUAUCAACCCUGGGC